AUGACCAAGGACGCGGUGCCACCGUGGCAACCGAUAGCCACCGUUCCCGAGUCGCUCUUCCUGCAAGAAGACUUCCUCUUCGCCCCUUGUUCGGGGACUGCUGCUGCUGCGGACGCAGGGGCCGCCGCCGACACCGAGCGAACGCAACCGUUACCUCCCCUGCCGCCGUUGUCGGUCGAAGCCUGGCAACGCUGCCCGUGGUGGGUGCGACUGGGCGUGCGUCUUCUCAAGGAAAGGGCCGACGGAGAGGGAUCUAGGCUGCAGGAUUACGUCGGGAUGUUGCCUCGUCCAGGCGAGACCGGCGCGCCCGUGAACUGGUCGGCGGAGCAGCUGGAUCGGCUGCACUAUCCCCGCUUGCUGUCACAGAUCAAGCUACAGCGGCGUCUGUUCGAAGGCUUCCGAAAGUUUCUGCUGGCGGAUGCAAGGCGUGGCGACAACGCGCCCAGCACGAGAGAGGGGGACGGCGUCAAUCGCCUGGUAAGCGCGUUGGCAGACCCUGCCAUGUUCAGCUGGGCCCUGGAGUGCGUCUUGAGCCGCGCGUUCCAGCUCCCUCCACGGAGCGCGGCCGCGCUGGUGGUCGAGGAGGGCGAUGAUGUCCCCGUGAAGGCGCCGGAGGUGACGCCGCCUGCGCCCGACGAGAUGAGAAUGGCCCUGCUACCCCUCAUCGAUUCGAUCAACCACUACAGCCGCAUGCCAACGCACAUGUACUGGGAGGCUGACGGCGCCCUUAGCUUAUCAGUGGGUGCUGCGUUCGACCCGGGUGACCAUGCGUUCGCGUCGUACGGCCCGGUGUCCAACGACGACCUGCUGCAGUACUACGGCUUCGUGGAACAAGAUAACCCUUCGGACACAUACGUCCUGGAGGACAUGGGGAAGUGGCUUCGAGAAGACGGUUUGCUAGGGACCGACCUGUCAAGCAGGCUGCUAGCUUGCCCCGCGGCGAGAGACGUGUGGCGCUAUCUCCGACGAGGGGUCAUCCUGCGCGACGCGGUACACCCGGCCACCAUGCAGGCCGUGCGCAUCGUCUCCUGCGAGGCAGCUGGCCUUAGCGCAGGCGACGAGUCGGAGCUGAGUUGGGACGGUACGGAAGCAGGCCUGUCGCGGUUCACCGCCCCGGUAUCGCUCGUCUCGGAGAACGCCGCCUUCGAGCUGCUCAUGCGGUACAGCGCGCGGGAGGCGGACGACUGGGGAAAGGCCGGCGUGGCCGCCGCCCUCGCAGAAGACCCCGCCGCCCCACGCCUGGACGGAGAUCUCGACGGGCUCGGGUUGGACACGGAUCGGCGGCUGAUGUUGUCGGUGUUUAGGCAGGAGAAAAUAGCGCUGCUUCGGGGUAUCGUGGGCAGGCUGACGCACAUGCGGAAGGUCAGCGACUUGUUGAACAGACCCAUCAAGAUGCCUGUGAGCGGGUCGCCCCCUCCCGUGUUGGGGCCCGCUAGUAGGUCGUCGUGAGAACAUGGACGACGACGAAAAUUUUGUGCAAGCUUGGUUGGACGCGGCGCGGGUGAUUAUAUUUUCAGAGUGUUCAAAAGAGGGAAUCCGCGCGCUCUUGAAAAGGCGUU